GCAAACGCAAAACGAGGGAGGCCGGGAACCCAAGCCGGCUGGGCUGGGAAUAGGAGGAGGAAGCUUCCUCUCCACCCUAGCAGUUGCCCUGUCGGCCGUCGCGGCGCGGUCGUCUCGCUCUCGUCUCCUCUCGGCCAAACAAAGGAAACCCAACCACCCACCACCAGACGCAGACGGAGACGGAGAGGGGGGAUCCGAUCCAGCUCGAGCACCAGCAGCCUCUGCUGCUAUAUACUAGCAGAACCAACUCCUCGGCCCCCAAGAUCUCCGGCGAUCCCAAUUCAAUCGACCCGGAUCCACUCCCCGCGCCGGCAGGGCGGAGAUCAGACAGCCAUGGCGUUCGAUGCCUUCACCGACAAGAACGCCGUCUUCCGCCGCCUCAAGGCCAAGCCAGAGAACAAGAUGUGCUUCGACUGCAACGCCAAGAACCCCACCUGGGCCUCCGUCACAUACGGCAUCUUCCUCUGCCUCGACUGCUCCGCCGUCCACCGCAGCCUCGGAGUACACAUCACCUUCGUCAGGUCGACGAACCUUGACUCAUGGACUCCAGAUCAGCUGAAGAUGAUGGCUUUCGGAGGCAACAACAGGGCCCAUGCUUUCUUCAAACAGCAUGGAUGGAAUGAUGGUGGCAAAGUCGAGGCAAAGUACACAUCAAGAGCUGCUGAGUUGUACAGGCAGAUACUUUCAAAGGAGGUCGCUAAGAGUGCCACUAAUGAUAAUGCCUUACCGUCAUCACCUGUCGCGUCUGAGCCACCGAAGCCAGCCGAUGACUUCCCUGAAUUCAAGCUCUCAGAUGCACCGGCAGAGAAUUUGAAUGGGAAGCAGGAGCCUAAGUCGCCAAAAGCGCCUCCCCGUUCACCAAAAGCACCUACCCAUCCCACCUUCGCCACCUCCGUAAAGAAGCCCAUUGGUGCAAAGAAGGUUGGAGGCAAGACUGGAGGGCUUGGUGUCCGAAAGCUUACUACAAAGCCAAAUGAAAGCCUGUAUGAGCAGAAACCUGAAGAGCCAAAACCUGCUGUGCCUGCCUUGACGACUACUUCAACUACUAAAAGCAGUCCAUCCUUGCACUCACGUUUUGAAUACGUGGAGAAUGAACCAUCAGCUGACUCAAGAACAGGGGGAUCUCAUGUGACUGGCCAUGUAGCACCACCAAAAUCAUCAGACUUUUUUCAAGAGUAUGGGAUGGGCAAUGGAUUCCAAAAGAAAUCAAGCAAUGCCUCAAAAGCUCAGAUUCAGGAAACUGACGAAGCAAGGAAGAAAUUCUCUAAUGCGAAGGCGAUUUCAUCAUCUCAAUUUUUUGGUACUCAGAACAGAGAAGAGAAAGAGGCUCAACUAUCCCUUCAAAAAUUUGCGGGUUCUUCAUCCAUCUCAAGCGCCGAUCUUUUUGGCCAUGGUCGUGAUGUGGACGAUUCUAAUCUGGACUUAAGCGCUGCAGAUCUCAUCAACAGAAUAUCUUUCCAGGCUUCCCAGGAUCUGUCUUCACUCAAGGACAUAGCUGGAGAGACUGGAAAGAAGCUGACAUCUUUGGCCUCCAAUUUCAUCAGCGACCUCGACAGAAUGCUUUGAGCGGGCUAUUGGACUGAGACUUGGAGCAUUUCCUAUCUGCACCAGAAUACUGCCUCAUGUUUUGAUUGUGGUGCGUCAGACAAUUCAAAGCAAGCAACUCUUGCACAGCUGUGUAGAGGAUAGUAGAAGGAUUCGUGUUUUGCGUUUGUAUUUGACCAUAUAUCCGACAUAAAGAUAUUUUCAUUUAUUUAUUUGUUCACAACAGUGAAGCAUACGCUUAUAUACAUUGAGGUUUCUUGUAUCUUGGAAGGAAAAUCCAUAGUGUCCCGUGCCUGCGGUCAAUGAAACUCA